UGAGAACUGAUGCCAGAAAGCACGGAUUCGAUUCCCGGCCCUGCCACCUAUUAGAGGCAAGAUGUUGGCCUGGUUAUUUAAUCUCUCGCAUUGGGAGAGCCCCAAGCACCGGGUGGUUCGGAGGAACCAGCGAGGUAAUGGUUGUAAGAGGGCCUCUGCCUGCUGGACCGCGCCGUCUAAGGGUGCAUUAGCUCCGUUACGCCCGCCCUCGCCGCUGCGCGAGGCAGAGCCCUCGUCUUACCCGCUCCCGCGGCCGCCGCGGCGCGCCGGAGCCGCUAAUGGGAUUUAUGCUAAUGGCAGGACGCGGAUGGCCGGUCGAGCGCGCUGCCCCGGCGCCCCCGCGCCCCACCUCGCGUCAGGCGGGCCGCCUGCCCAGAAGUCGCGACCGGGGAACCGGCGCCGUCGGUCGCUGGGCAGUAGGGGGGCGGGGGGAUGGGAAGGCCUGGCUGGGCUGAAGAAGACGCGGCCCCAGCGGCGGGCCGUCUGGUUGCCGCCCAGUGUUUGUCUUCAUCCUCUCUCCCCAUUUCGGCUUUUAUCUCCCAGUUCCUUCUCAUUUGCUCUCCAUCUCUACGGGUCUUACUCCCUACCUCCAUUCGAGAAUUCCUGUUCCCUUUGUCAAUUGCACCAGCACGUGUGGAGCACUUCUGCGUUCCAGGCAGUGCGCUGGGCGCGCGGGCUUGUCUCUGCAUCAGUGACAUAAGGAGUGGUUUGAGUCCAUCGUUCCCAAAUUUAGAGGCCUCGGAGUAAUCACAGGAGAUUUAGCCCCUGGCGCCAUAAAGACUAUGAGUAACCCAUCUGUGUGUAACUGAUUGACUAUGUGUAACUGUAUGAUUGCUGGGGGAUGAAUAAAAUGCAAAUGAGUUUUAA